UAUUAAAUUUAAUAAAUCUUUUAUCAGUUAAAUUUGAGUUUUACUCAUCCAAUUAUGUUCUCUUUAAAGCAUCAACUUAAACAAAAAGAAUAUUUAAAUGCCACCCAGCUGCACAUAUAAUCCUAAACAUUUAUUAUAGCCCAGAAUGACGAAGCUCUAAAGCAAAUUACACAAAAAGAGCCAAGAAAAAUAAAUAAAAGCGAAAGUAAGUUCCUUGUCAUAAAUGGCUGUUCAUAAUCGGAUGUUUUUGUAUGACAAUACCCCUAUUAGUACUAAUGACGUUUCUUACUGCCCAUCUACUCAUCCACAUGGCACUGCAAAUUAAAGUAAAAUCCAACAAUUAAUAAUCCCUAGGCCUUUGGAAACUCAGCUGCCUAAGACUCAAAAAUAAAAACUAUGUAUUUCCCAUGCCAAAUUGCCUUUUAUAUUGUAGUUUAGAGUAAAUUUGCUCCACAUUAAAUAAAAAGUUAUUUAAAAGCUUCACCAAUUGAAAUUUUAUGCCUAUUAUAAUAACAGAAAGAAAAUAUACCUCCAUUCAGUCAGUUAAAGUUACUAUGAGAAACAUCACAGUUGUUUUUUUGGGUUUAAUUUCUAUAGUUUUGGCUCAUCUUGUAAUAAAACGACCAGGGGUUAACUACUGUACUAUGGGUGUGGUGGUAAUUAGACAUCGAGUAAUGUGCGAUCCCCUGCGAUCACUUUGGGUCCUUAGAGAUGGUAAAUGCAAGGAGGCCCUUCAUUGCAUUGACGGUUACUCAAAGAAGCAGUGUGAGGAGAAUUGCCUAAAUCGCAGGACCAAAGUGAAACCCAAACCUACUCCCAAACCCAAACCCAAGCCCAUAAACCUAAAAACAGCAGCCAAGUCAGGACGUUUAACCACUUGUGCAACAACACAGGCUGAAAUUAAAAGAACAACUAAGCAAUACCAGACCACAACAAGAGGAUAUUUACCAUCUACCAGAGAAACUAGAAGACCUAAGAGAACCCGAAGAACGAGACGGUAUGAAAUCAAAGAGAUAUGCUAAUUAGGUGGUUUAAAAAUAUGUAUAUACAUUUUUAAAAAGUUUUUGCUAGAAACUAUAGAUAAUUAUAAUAAACUGUGACUA